AUGCGGUUCUUGUGUUUUGUCGGUAUCCUCUUCGCCCUUACCGGAAUUUCGUUCGGGUCUUUAUCAGGGAAUGGACCUAAGCUUCUCGUCGAUUUCGCUUUGCAGGCUGGGAACGCUGUCCCUGGAGCUAUAGAAGAUGCAAAAGAAUCCAAAGGGGUAGACGGAAUGCGAAGAAGUGCUUACCAAUAUAUCUACGCAAACCAAAACCGUCCUCCAGUCGCAGCAGGGCGAGCUGUGAUCACCCCUGCGCCUAUAGCCGCUCUACAACAGCGUCAAACAAGCUCCGAAACAGUCUGCGGUAGCGAUGACCUGGCUUGCGCGUCCUGCCACCAAGCAGUAGCCACCAUAGACGUCUGUGCCCCCGUCUUCUCCUCCUGGGGUAUCGAGAACCCUACCUAUGAAGACGCCGCUCUCUGCCUGUGUAUCGACUGGCCAAGCAUAGAUAACCCGCAAUGGGUCGGUGAAGCAUUUGAUGGUCCCUUUGCUGCAUGUCCCGCCUUUGCGAGCACAUCGGUACCAACUCUUGCUGCGGAAUUAGCGAGUAUCACCGGGUUCUGUUCCUCGGUGUACGAUGUUGCGGUGAAGGCUGAGAUGACCUCCGAUUUUGUGACUGCGACGGCCCAAGCAGAGCCUACCAGAACUACUGCUACUUUGGCUGCGACAGAAACUGGUUCUGCUCUUCGGAGCAGAAUAAAUGGGCGUUUAAUGACGCCUAUGUUGAUUAUAGUGGCUUUUGUUAUAACAUAA